GGUGCUAAACACUUGAUAACAAACUAAAAUGUUUGAUAACACUGUAACGCCGCCAACGGUUGCAAUUUACCAAAGCCAAAAUGUAACGUAUGUCCGAACUCUGAGGUGUAUAAUUGUAUAAUAAUAUUUAUUUUCAAAGGAAAAUACCACUUCAUUAAAUCUGUCAUUUACCUACAUCGGUUAUUGACUUUUUGAACGAUCUUAACUAAAUUAUAACACCUUUACCAGUCAAAAAUGAUUCAAGUACUAUACUUCUGUGGUUUAUAAUUUUAAUAACAAUUGAAAGAUAAGUUUAAAGUUUUUUGUUUGAUAAAAAAAACCCUUAAAAUGAAGUUGUCGACAAAUACCGAUAGAGCUACACCUGAACGAAGUAGAUAUUAUACAAACUUCUUGUGUAAAGGGUCUAACGUUCAAUCCGAUGAAGAGAUAAAAGAUGUAUUAAAGUCAUAUUAUGAUGUAGAAAUUAUAAAAAUUAACCCUUCUUUCGAAAGAAAAAUUACCAAUUUCCUCAAGCCACUAAUGUCAAUGUUGCAAGAAAAUGUCGAAACAUAUCUGAACUCUGAACACGGUGAUGAUAAUCAUCGAGUCGAAUCAAUAUAUUCUGGAAUGGCUGGUAUCGCUGUGCUAUUUAAUUUCCAUGCGUUGAAAACACAAAACCAAUUGAAUACUAAAGAGAAAGCCAAACUAAUCAUUGAAAAAUGUUUAUUAAAAUUACAUACUACUUCCAAUCGCGUAUCAUACCUAACGGGGGAAUCAGGAGUUUAUGUAACAGCUGCUACGAUAUAUAAAACACACAUGGACUUCGUUAAUGUGAAUAAUAUGAUUAAGAAAGUUACAGAUUUGUUACCUCGGGUUUUAGAUGAAGAUUAUUCCGAUGAACUAUUGUAUGGCCGUGCUGGAUAUUUGUAUUCGUUGUUACUCCUCAAGCGUGUAGGAUGGAAGGACCCGCAGAGAGACAAGUUAAUUCGCCAGAUAGUUUCGGCAAUAUUAAAUUCUGGCAUGUACUUUUGUGUCAAGGAAAACAUAAAGAAGACUCCAAUUAUGUAUGAGUGGCACUUAAAGAAAUAUUUAGGAGCAGCUCAUGGUCUUUCAGGAAUUUUGCAUUGUCUUUUGUUGGCAAACGAGUAUUUGACUAAAAAAGAGUUGGAUGAUCUCAUCAAACCUGCAUUGAACUAUUUACUCAGUUUCCGAUUUGAAUCGGGCAAUAUACAAUCGUCAAUAAACAAUGAUAAUGAUCGUUUAGUCCAGUGGUGCCACGGCGCUGCAGGUGUUGCCCUAACUUUUGCUUUAGCUUAUAAAGUUUUUCAAGACAAUCAGUAUUUACUUGCUGCUGAAAAAUUUGGAGAAGUGGUCUGGAGUCGAGGUUUGUUAACUAAAGGUUAUGGGUUGUGCCAUGGUGUUAGUGGUAACACUUAUACAUUUUUAGCACUGUAUCAAAUUACCAAAAAUUCUAAAUAUUUAUAUAGAACUGCCAAAUUCAUGGAGUGGUGUUUAUCAACUGAUCGUCAAAAUAGAAACCCUGAUCGUCCUUUAUCACUGUUUGAAGGUAUUACGGGAGUUAUUUAUAUGUUGCUGGACGCUCAAAACCCUUUAGAAGCAGAAUUCAUAGGGUUUUAGAACACACAUAUUUAUAUUUACUGUAAAGUAUAUAUUGUAAAUAAUUUAGAACUUGAUAAUACCAAAUUGAUUUUUGUAACAAAACAAGUUGUACAGAAUAAAAAAGACCAGUGUGAUUUAAUUGUAAAA